AUGGCGGCUGAAGGAGAGGGUUUGGGCAGGAAACCAGACUGCAUUUUCUGCAAAAUUGCCGCAAAAGAGGACGAAACUCAGUUGAUUUACGAAGAUGAGGAAAUUGCCGUGUUUCCAGAUCGUAAACCAGCAGCAAAACACCAUUAUUUAGUGGUGCCGAAGGAACAUUACGGAAAUCCAAAGUCGCUUCAUUCUGAAACUUACAAGUUGGUGGAACGUUUAUUUGAAGCUGGUAAGAAGGUUCUUCAAGAUAAUCAAGCUGAUCUCAACGACGUGUUAUGUGGCUAUCACUGGCCUCCAUUUAAUUCUAUUCAACACCUGCAUCUUCAUGUUAUUUCGCCGCGUUCGCAGAUGGGUUUUUUUGCCCGGCAAAUUCACAAGCCCAAUAGCUUUUGGUUUGUUACCCACGAAUGGCUGUUGGAACAUUUGAAAACAAAACCUUCCAAUUCUUCAUAA